AGUAGAGGGCGGUGUAGCGAGGAAACGGGACAGUGAUUAAAUACAACCACUUUCCUCAGGUGGCACACGAACCGCAGGCGAAGGAAAGCAUGCUGUCGGUUGUGUGAGCAGGACGCGAAGAUGGUGUUUGAGUCGGUGGUGGUCGAUGUCUUGAACCGGUUUCUGGGGGACUAUGUGGUGAACCUCGACAGCUCGCAGCUCAGCCUCGGCAUGUGGGGAGGUGAUGCCAUAUUAAGAAACCUUGAGAUAAAAGAAAAUGCCUUGAGUCAACUGGACAUCCCUUUCAAAGUCCGAGCGGGACACAUAGGACGUUUGGAGUUGAAGAUCCCUUGGAAGAACCUGUACACUCAGUCUGUGGAGGCCACGCUGGAUGAAGUUUUCCUGCUCAUCGUGCCCACUGCUAGUAUAAAGUAUUACGCAGAGAAGGAGGAGAGACAGCUGCAGGAAGCUCAGCAGAAGGAGCUACAGCGGAUCGAGGAGACCAAGCAGAAAGCAGCAGAAAAAGAAAAUCCAAAGGCAGAGAAGCAGGACACAUUUGUGGAGAAACUGGUUACACAGGUGAUCAAAAACCUGCAGGUGAAGAUCUCCAACAUACACAUCCGCUAUGAGGAUGAUGUCACCAAUCCCGAUGCUCCACUCUCCUUCGGAGUGUCCCUGCAGAACCUCAGCCUCCAGACAGCUGAUGAGAAUUGGAAGCCAUGUCUUCUGGAUGAGAAAGCCAAGCUGUUUUUCAAGCUUGUACGUCUGGACAAUCUGUUUGCGUACUGGAAUGUGAAUUCAGAGCUCUACUCCUACCACAACCCCGAGGAGGCUCUGCGAUACUUGAAGCACAGUGUAGCCAUCCAGAGCGCUAUCCCUCAAGAUUAUCAUUUCAUCUUUCGUCCAAUAUCUGCAAACGCCAAGCUGCGCAUGAAUCCUCGCUCCGAUGUGGACUUCUCCUCACCAAAAGUGGAUCUAGUGGUCAACCUCCCGGAGGUGGCUGUUGAACUCAGCCAUCCACAGUACAUCAGCAUCCUGGAGCUGUUGGGGUCGGUGGAUAUGAUGACCCGUAACCUCCCAUACAGGAAAUAUCGUCCAGAUGUGGCAGUUCACACUAAUGCACGUCAGUGGUGGCGAUAUGUGAUCACGGGCGUUUUGGAGGUCAGUGUAAAGCCCCGCCUUCACAUGUGGUCAUGGCAACGCAUCCGUCACCAUCGGCAACAUGUGAAAAAGUACAGAGAGCUCUAUAAGAACAAAAUCACAAGUAAGAAGCCUGCAGAGAGUCUGCUGAAGGAGCUUGAGGAGACUGAAAGAACCCUGGAUAUAUUCAACAUCACAAUGGCGAGACAGCAGGCUGAGAUGGAGGCCUCAAAGGCGGGGUUCAGGAUAUACCGUCCUGGGGUGAAGGUGGAGGAGGAACAGUCACAGGGCUGGUUCGGCUGGAUGUGGGGCUGGUCUGGAGAAAUUGACACCCCAACCAAAGAUGUCAAAACGGGAGGUUUUGAUGAGCUAAUGACUCCAGCGGAGAAAGCCAAACUAUACGCUGCCAUUGGAUACAGCGAGACAGGCGUCAAUCCUAACCUGCCAAAAAAUUUUGAAAAUAUGAAGAUACACUUCCAGCUUAAUCGCCUUUGUCUGUCAAUCAAAGAGAGCCGAGAGAAGCCGGAGAUCAUCAAACUGUCCGUCAUUGAUCUGAAAGCCAUGCUGACUCAGAGACCUGCGGCCCAAGCUAUAAAGAUCUCUGCUCAGCUGUCAUCGUUUGAAGUGUCGGGUCUCCCACGAGGCAAGUCGACCCCCAUCCUGCUGUCUCCACGUCACGUGGUCGGGAUGAAAGAUUUGGCUUUACUGGACCUCAUGUUUGAGACGAACCCACUGGAUGCGAAAGCAGACCAGAGACUCCGCAUCGAGUCCCAGGCGCUGGAGAUCAUCUAUGACGCUAUGACCGUGAACAGUAUGUCAGCUUUCUUCAUGCCUCCAAAGGACCUGCAGCUGGAUGAACUGACCAACGCCACCCUCAUGAAGCUGGAGCAGUUCAGAGACAAGACCUCCACAGGACUUAUGUAUGUCAUUGAGACUCAGAAGGUUCUGGAUCUGAAGAUAAACCUCAUGGCUUCAUAUGUCAUUGUACCAGAAAACGGCUUUUAUGACCCCAAACACAACCUUGCCAUUCUGGAUUUGGGUCAUUUCCAGAUGUCCAGUCAGAGCAGAGCUGACCUGCCUCAGCUGUCCGCGGGCAGCAGCACUAUAGAGGACAUCAUGUCUCGAGCUUACGACAGCUUCGAUGUCCAGCUCAGCAGUUUACAGUUCCUCUACACCAAAGCAGGUGGUGACUGGAAGCAGGCUCGUCUGCUCAGACAGUCUACGUUUCACAUCCUGGAGCCUGUGGACCUGAAGGUGGUCUUCAGCAGAGCCAUGGUGGUGACAGACUCACGGAUGCCCAAGUUUAAGAUUUACGGUGAGCUCCCUCUUCUGUCUCUGCGUAUCUCUGAUGAUAAAGUGCGUGGCAUCCUGGCGUUGCUCAGCAGCAUUCCCCUUCCUGAGUGUCGCCCGGUGCCCCAGACUAGAGCGCCACAAGUCACACCCAAGACCUCCAAAAGUUGGAACACACCUCAGCUCAUCCCUCGAAGACCAGCCGUAGACGACCUGCGUGCAUCCAUCAUAUACGGCCCAGACGAGGAGCUGUUCUUUGAUGCCCCUAGUUCACCGAUCGAGGAUCUGCCGUUCUUUGAGGCUUCCACUGACUCUCUGCAGGGUUCAGCCUCUGAUAAACGUCUGUCCAUGGUGCUCAGAGACCCCAAGAAGAACAUGACCGAGCUCCUCUUGAGAUUUGAGAUCAACAAGCUUUCUAUUCAGCUGUGCCGCUUGUCAGACAGCGAGGAGGUGAGCGUUCUGCAUCUGUUCAUUAAUGGAUUAGGGACAGAACUCAAACUUCGCACCUUUGACAUGUCUUCGUACACCUUCCUGCGUGAGAUCUGCCUCGAGUGUUCAGAGUACUUGGAUUCUGAGGACAAGAAAGUUCACCUUAUCACCACUCUGGACAAUUCUGAGGAAGAUCUGCUCACUUUGGAAUAUGUCAAGGCAGACAAAAAUGCACCGGAUUUCAAAACGAUGCAUAAAAAUACAGAGCAACUAAUCAAGGUGAAUUUCUCCUCACUAGACGUUCAUCUGCACACUGAGGUGCUCCUCAACUCCAUAAAUUUCCUCAAUAACCUCCUCCCACCACUGAAGAAAGAGGCACAAGAGGAGCAGCCCGUCCUACCCAAGGAGGAAGAAGAGGAGUCAAAAAUAGAGGAUUCUGCUGUUACCAAGAAAUCUUCCUGUAAGAAUUCAAAGUUUGAGGAUGUGGUGAAUUUGCAUAUCCGAGCAGACCUCAGCUGUCUGAAGGUCUUCAUAAGAGGAGAGAAAGCCAGGAUCUCUGAGAUCAGCAUCGAGGGGCUGGUUUCUGAAGUACAGAUGAAGAAGAAGUGCGUAGAGAUUCUCGCUAACCUGAAGAACAUUGUAAUUCUGGAUUGUGACAAAGAGGCACUAUAUAAAAAGGCAGUGUCCAUCGCGGAUAAGGAGGUGUUUGACAUGCAUAUUGUGGACACCAGUGUAACUUUGACUGUGGGCUGCAUUCAGGUUAUUUUCCUCAACAAGUUUAUGUCCUCAAUAAUGGCAUUUAUUAAUAAUUUCCAGGAGACAGCAGAGAAAGCAGCCAUUGGGGUUUUGGAGCUGGCAGAGAGAAUCCCACAUAUCUCCCUGGACGUAGACAUUAAAGCUCCUGUUGUCUUCCUCCCACAAUCCUCUGUUUCCCACAAUGUCAUUGUGGCAGAUCUGGGUUUAGUGACCAUAAAGCAACACUUUGAAAUUGUCUCCUCUCCACUACACACCAAGAUCCCCCCGGUCGUGGACAUCAUGGCCGUGGGACUGAGGGAUCUUAAAAUGUACAGGACCACAUUCACUGAUGGACAGUUUAAGAGUGAACUUCAGUUACUCAAACCAGUCAACAUGGACCUGUCAAUCAAACGCAAUCUCUCUGCAUCCUGGUAUCACAGCAUACCUGACAUCCAGAUCAAUGCACACCUCAAACCCAUGAUCCUAAUCCUGAGUCAGGAGGACCUUACAAUAGUGCUGAAGACUCUGAGUGAGAAUCUGUCUGAGAAUUCUGAUGCUCCUCCAGCUCCAUACAGCUCUGAUAAAGGAGACACAGUUUCUACCAAGGAUUCUCAGAGUUCUGGAGGAAACACAGUUGUGACCGCAGCAGUGGUGGAAGGCCAGAAAACAGGCAAACUAAAGAACACUCUGAAACUGGACUUUAAGUUUGACUCCAUGACAAUAGUCCUGUACAGCCCUAACAAUGAGAUCCAGUUAUCAGACUCCCGUGAUGAGAGUUUGAAGUUGGCAGAGUUCAUGUUGGGCACCAUCUCCACCGCUGUGCACAUGUUCUCUGACAGCUCCAUGAAAGCCUCGCUCAAACUCACAAACUGUCUGCUGGAUGAUAAGAGACAGAGGGUGAAAAUGAUCACAUCCAGGAUGAUGGCGAUGCGUCAGGGCAGAGAAGGUGAUGUGAUGGUGGACGUGAGUUAUAGACAAGGACGGGACGGCACCGUGCUGGACACCCUGGUUCAGGACCUCUAUCUGUGUGUCAGUAUGGAGUUCCUGCUCACAGUAGCUGAUGUCUUUCUUAAAGCUUUGGCAGAUGGCUUUUCUGGUCCCCCUAAAAACAAACAACUCGCCAGUUCCUCUAAAGACACAGGUUCGGGCAUGGAGGCAUUGUUCCAUAAAUGGAAUCAAUGUUUAUUUGCAUCUUUUUUUUUUGCCAAAACUGAGAUGAACAUUGUGGUAAAGAAUCCUGAGAUUGUUUUUGUGGCCGACCUCACACGCGCUGAAGCUCCGGCUCUCGUUAUGACGACGCAGUGUGAGCUGGUGAUGAAGAACGAGCCCAGCGGUCAGUCGAUGACUGCCGCCAUUUCAGACCUGAAGGUGGUGGUGUGUCCGCUCCUGCGAGAGAAGCGGGAGCACAAUGUGAUGACGGUGCUUCAACCCUGUCAGGUGUUCUUCCAGAGCAGCCAGUCUCCUUCCCAGCCACAGUCCAUCGAGCUGUCCAUCAGCUCCCUCACGCUCAAGGUGUCUCCCAUCAUCAUAAACACAGUUAUCACCAUUCAGUCAGCGCUGAGCCCUGCAGCUGAGACCCCUGAGGAACUGGAGAGUCCUGUGCCACAGGAUCUGUGGGAACGUCGCAACCUGCGAGACCUAAAGCUCUGGUUCCUGGAGGAGGAAGAAGAGAAUGUCACCCGGUCUGUCAUUCGACUCGUUCCUCAUGGAGAGUCUCUCAAAAUGAACAUCCACUCCAUCUGUCUGACGCUGGAGGCCGGGGUGGGCCAUCGCACUGUGCCCAUGCUGCUGGCCAAAGCCUCGUUCCAGGGAGACGUGAAAAACUGGAGUACUCUCAUUAACCUACACUGUCACCUGGACCUGGAGGUAAAUUAUUAUAAUGAGAUGAUGGGCGUAUGGGAACCACUGCUGGAGCCGCUUGAUGAUGAGGAGAAAGAUGGCUUCAGACCAUGGACUCUAGCGAUGAAGAUGAAGAAAAAGCCAGUAUCAUUUUCUGAAGUAUCUGACGAGGUGGACGGCAGUGUGCCUGAUUAUAAAACAGUCAUCAGCUUCACGAGUAAAGACCAGCUUAACAUCACCCUCUCCAAGUGUGGCCUCCACAUGCUGAGCAAUCUAGGAACGGCAUUUGCAGAGGCCACUAAGCAGACCGCUGAAUGCUUUCAGAAGGACCAGGCACCGUUUGUGGUGAAGAAUCGUUUGGGUUUGCCAGUGGCAGUAAUGCACAGCAAAGUGUUUAGACCCAUUGGUAAAGAGUCUAAAAAUCGUGUGGUGGAGCUCCAGGAUGGAGAGAAUCUGAAUUUGGACUACACCAACACUUUGGAAUCCAGUGACCAAUUCUCAGCCAUGACCAGCCUCAGUGCCAAAAACUACAUACAGCCCACUCCAGUUGGCCACACUAGCGCAAGUGUAAUCCCACUAAUCAAAACAGGACGGGACAUGCACAGCGUCAUGCACCGUGACUCUGGUGUCACCCGCUUCUUUGUCUGUCAGAUUUACACUGUCGAGGGAAGCAAAUAUGUCAAGAUCCGCUCUCCUUUCCAGAUCAUCAAUCACUUUUCGGUGGCGUUCCGUGUUUAUGAGGGAUCUGAGUGUCUGGGCGUCUCUCUGCCUUCAGAGGAGUUCUGUGUGCCUCUGGGCUCCUACAGAGCUGAACUGAGCCUGCAGCCUGUAACUGAAGACGAGGAGCAGUACGACCGCUCCGAGUGUUUCACUUACACUGAGGUGAAUCAGAAGCCCGGAGAGUGUCUGGAGAAAACCUGCCAUCAUCAGGGAGACAGCACCCAGAUGCUGAAGGUCAACAUGGUUCCUGUCCCAGACGCUCUGAUGACACACAGCCCUGAGGAGGAGUAUGACAAGCCCAUCAUUCUGCACCUGUGGCCCACCGUUCUCCUCCGCAACCUCCUGCCGUACCCCAUCACCUUCAAGAUAAAGGGCAAUGGAAAUUUCCCCUCUUCCUUACUGAAAGCGGGCCACUCCUCCCAGAUCCACACCGCUAUCAUGGAUUUCUCCACUCUGGAGCUGAAGCUGCUGGGAUACCUGCAGCAGGACUGGGAGUCCAAGUACAGUCUGUGCAGCGACGGUGACGAGCUCAGCUUCAUCACCUUCCACUCGCUGGCAGUGGACGAGGAGACGGAGAUGGAGACCGAGACGGAGCUCCACAUCGCGGUGCAUGUUAAGAAGGAGGAGGGUCAGCUGGUGGUGGCCAUCCACUCCCCGUACUGGAUGGUGAAUAAGACGGGCAGACUGCUGCAGUACAAGGCAGACGAUAUUCAUCGCAAACACCUGAAGGAUUACGACAUGCCCCUCCUCUUCUCUUUCAAGCCACGCAACUUUCUGCAGAACAACAAGAUUCGCCUGAUGAUCUCAGAAAAAGAAUUAUCAGGGGAUUUCUCCAUCGACACUGUUGGGAGUUACGGUGACGUCAAAUGCAAAGGGGAACAGAAGGAUUACAUGGUGGGAGUGAAGAUCGACACCACCAGCUUCAGUUUGACUCGGUUGGUGACGUUCCUGCCCUUCUACACGCUGGUGAACAGAACCAAGCACGUAAUCCGAGUCUGUGAGGAAGGUCUGGAUCAGUGGACCGAGGCCCGACCCGGACAGGUUGCGGUUCCAUUCUGGCCAGAAAGAGACUCAAGGAAACUCCGAGUCAUAGUGGAGGGCUGCCAAUCGUCGCCACAGCCGUUUGAUUUCCACCAGACGGAGAACUGCCUCCUGCUGCACCUGGACAGAACCCUGGGUGGUAUUAUUGUGGAUGUGAAUCUGACGGAACAUUCUUCCGUCAUCCGGUUCUCUGAUUACCACGACGGCGCCGCUCCAUUCCUCCUCAUCAACCACACUAAAGACGAGACGCUCCAGUUCCACCAGAGCUCUCAGGAAGAAAUGGAUGAGCUGGCUCCAGGUCAGGCGGUGUACUACACCUGGGCCGAACCGACCGGCUCAAGAAUACUGAGCUGGAAGUGGGGCAAGUACAAAGGAGAGCUCAAGAGCGAGAAGGACCAGUUGUUGGAUGUGAACAAGGAGGGAAAAUUCUUUGUCAUCUCUUUUUAUGAAGGCCUCCAACGUGUGGCGCUUUUCACCACCGAGCACUGUGUCUUCAAGAAGAUUUGCGAUAAUGAGAAAAUAGAGCUGGCUGAACAGGAAACCUGCAUUUUGUUACAGAACAUGGGCGUCUCACUGGUCAACAACACCAUCAGCCAGGAAGUGGCCUUUAUUGGCAUCACCAGUUCUGAUGUGGUGUGGGAAACCAAGCCGAAGAAGCGCAGCCGAUGGAAGGUUUUAAGGGUUAAAGAAGCUGCGAUGUUGGAGCAGUGCUACAGAGAAUAUAUGGAGAGCGGGCCAGUGGACCGCAUCAUCAUUGACCUUGAGAACGAAUACCAGGUGUUGUUUGCUGCUAACGGGGUGGACAUGAGGAUACUGCAGCCCUUUGACGCUCCGCUCAGGAGGAACUUCCUGCCAGCAUUAAAGGUGGAGUACAGUGUCUCCACCCGCCAGAAAACCUACAGAGUCCAGAUCAACAGGAUUCAGAUCCAAAAUCAGUUGCCUGGAGCCAUCUUCCCAUUCGUCUUCUACCCCGUCAAACCGCCCAGAUCAGUCAGCAUGGACUCAGAGCCGAAACCACUCGCUGACGUCAGCAUCAUUACCAGAGCAGCCGGACACUCUGACAUUCUGCGCAUCAAGUAUUUUAAAGUGUUGAUUCAGGAGAUGGACCUGCGGAUAGAUCUUGGGUUCCUGUAUACCAUACUUGAGCUCCUCACUGCUGAGCACGUCAGUGUGGUCACGUCUGAACAGCAGGUGGUGUUGUUUGAGAAGGACAUUGAGUAUUUGAAGACCGAGCUCUAUCAUAGUUCAGCUACAGACACGUCCCCCAUCAGCCUUUACGAAUACUUCCACAUCUCUCCCAUAAAGCUUCACUUGAGUUUCUCUCUGAGCACCGGUAGUGAAGACAGGAAUAAGAAAGAGCGCGGGUCAGAGGUCAUUCCGGUUCAUUUGCUCAGCGUCCUGCUGAAGAGUAUUGGAGCUACACUCACUGACGUUCAGGACGUCCUCUUCAAACUUGGGUUUUGUGAGCUGAAGUACCAGUUCCGCACCACUCAGCAGCUGCAGUCGGAGGUCAUCGGACAUUAUUCCAAACAGGCUAUCAAGCAGAUGUAUGUUCUGGUUUUGGGUUUAGAUGUCCUCGGGAAUCCUUUCGGACUGAUCCGUGGUCUGUCUAAAGGCGUCAAGGCCUUCUUUUAUGAGCCUUAUCAGGGUGCCAUACAGGGACCAGAGGAGUUUAUGGAGGGCAUGACGCUCGGUGUGAAGGCUCUGGUUGGAGGUGCUGUGGGCGGUCUGGCCGGAGCGGCGUCUCGGAUCACGGGAGCCAUGGCUAAAGGUGUAGCGGUCAUGACCAUGGAUGAGGAGUAUCAGAAGAAGAGGCGCAAGGCCAUGAACAAGCAGCCCAGCGGAGUGAGAGAAGUCCUGAGACGAGGAAGGAAGGGACUCAUCUCUGGGUUUGUGAGCGGCAUCACAGGCAUUGUGACUAAACCCAUUAAAGGAGCUCAGAAGGAAGGAGCGGCGGGUUUCUUUAAGGGUGUGGGCAAAGGUUUGGUGGGAGCUCUGACCAGACCAACAGGGGGCAUCAUAGACAUGGCCAGCAGCACCUUCCAAGGCAUCAAAAGAGCUGCAGGGACGUCUCAGGAUGUGGAGAGUUUACGUCCUCCUCGUUUCAUCCAUGAGGAUGGAGUCAUCCGGCCGUACAAAGAGAGGGAGGGCAUUGGCAGCCAGAUGCUGCAGAGUAUUGAAAACGGACAGUUUGCCAAGUACAGAUACUUUGCUCAUGCUAAGGUGAACGAAUCAGAUUUCCUGAUGAUCACUAAAAAGGGGAUAUUUUUCGUGACUAAGGGCACGUUCGGGGAGCUGACGUGCGAGUGGCAGUAUCUGUUUGAUGAGUUUACCAAAGCGCCCAUAGUCAUGGAGGGCAGGAGACUGCAGAUAGAAGCAAAGGAACGAGUCAAAUCAGUGUCUCGUGCCAAAGAGUUUGGGAAGAUCAUCAGUUUCAAAACUCCAGAAUUAGCAAAGUGGGUUCUUGCCAAGCUUGAGGACGCCAGGGAAACUCUACCGAAGUAAGGACAGUUAAAGCCACGUGCGAUGAUCCUGUGCUCAGCUCUGUGCCUUUAUGCUGCUUUUGCAGUGAGUCACUUUACAUUAUACCCACAAUGCAACAGUCAUUCACUAAACACUGAAUACCACAUUGGUAAUGACUGGUAGACUGUGUGUUUGUGUGUUGAGUUUACAUUAUAUUGUACCUUUCUUUCCCUCUCACUGUCGGAGCUCAACUCAUUUACAUAUGAAGUUUUUACAAUGUGUCUCUACACUCAGUUCAGCCACUGGAUACAUGUCUCAACUAAAGCCACACUAAAGUGUAAAUUAUGAUGUUAUUUAAUACACAUUAAUAAAGACCAAUACUCUGUA